GCUUGUGAAAAAAGGAAGAAAAGAGAGUCGAUUAUAGUGGAGUGCUGCUGGGCUGGAAGAAGGGUACGAGGUACUUUUCUAUUAUUAUUGUUCGUACACUCUGCCCGUUUCCACCUCCUUAUCCUGGCGAAAGGUUGAACGGUUAAAAUGGAGGCGGAUAGAUCCGGCGGAGGACCAAACCCGAACUCCGGAGGUAGCAGCGGAGCGGGGCGCAACCCAAACGGGCCCAAAGCAGCACCGGGCCCGGCGACAUCAGCUGCGGCGGCCGGGGUGAUGGCAGCAGCGGCGGCGGCGGCAGCCGCCGGGGCCAUGCCCGGAUCGUCCCAGGCUAGGGAGCUACAGGACGGGGACUCGGGCAUGUCGCUUCCUGGGAUCCUACACUUCAUCCAGUACGAGUGGGGACGCUUCCAGGCCGAGAAAUACCGCUGGGAGGCAGAGAGAGACGAACUCAGGGCUCAGGUGGCGUUCCUUCAGGGUGAGAGGAAGGGGCAGGAGAACAUGAAACAGGACCUGGUGAGGCGGAUCAAAAUGCUGGAGUACGCCCUGAAACAAGAGAGGGCUAAACACCAGAAGCUUAAGACGGGAAACGAUCAGAGUCCCGGAGACAAGAAACCAGAGACAGAGGCAGACCAACUUCCCAAUGGGCCGGCUGAGUCAGACUCUGAGCCAGCCAAUCAGAUGUCCUGGAAGGAGGGACGUCAGCUACUACGCAAAUAUCUUGAGGAGGUGGGCUAUUCAGACACCAUCCUGGACAUGCGGUCUAAGCGUGUGCGCUCGCUGCUCGGGCGGAGCAGCCCCGAGGCUAACGGGCCUGCCCCCAUUGAAAGCUCACCUGAGCCCGAGCCCCGGGCGGGGGGGGAGUCGCUGUUGGUCAGACAGAUAGAGGAACAAAUCAAGAGCCAACAGAACAAGACGCAGAAAGGAUGUCUAAAACGGAGGGCAUCCUCCACCAUGACAACAUGGAACGCGGGCAAGGAAAACUCUAAGGAACAUCUGGGCAGCUCGGUGCUCGAUAAAAUCCCCUUCCUGCAUGGCUGCGAGGACGACGAUGAAGACGACAGUGACGAGGAAGAUGACUUUCAAGGCAUGGCCACUGACUGCAUUGAUGGACCGCGCAAGAACAAGAAGUCCCGUGUAAAGUCGGAGCCCAUGACCACGGACCUGGACCCGGAGGAUGAGGAGGACGAAGACGACUCGGAAGACGCCCUCAGUGAAUUUGACUUCCUGGGCUCGGGGGAGGAUGGGGAGGGGGCGGGAGAGGCCCGCAUCUCGGGGGACGGACGGGAGCUAGAGAACCGCAGGAACAAGUUACAAGGCAUGAUGGCGGACUUCCCCCCUAAACCCACCCCGCCCCCCUCCGUAUCGGGACAAGCUCGCUCCGGGGAAGGUGGAGCCCUGGGUUUUUCCUCUGACGUCUUCAUUAUGGAUGCCGUCGGGGGAGGGGACAUGAACCUGGGUGAACUGGCUGAUCUCACCGUUGCCAAUGACAACGAUCUCUCCAUGGAUAUGCAGGAUAACAGAGACGAGUUUAAGAAGACAUGGAACCCUCGUUUCACACUACGUAGCCACUUCGAUGCCAUCCGCGCUUUGACCUUUCACCCCAGCCAAGCAGUGCUGCUCACAGCCUCCGAGGAUGGAACACUAAAACUGUGGAACCUCAACAAGUCCAUGCACUCUAAAAAGAACGCAGCAUUGGAUGUUGAGCCCAUCUACACAUUUAGAGCACACAGUGGAGCUGCUCUGUCGCUCUCCAUGAGCGAGGACGGAGAAUCCUGCUACAGCGGGGGAAUAGACGGAGCCGUCAGAUGUUGGAAGAUGCCCGACCUCAAUGUGGAUCCUUAUGAUAACUACGAUCCGGGCAUCGAGAGCAGUGUACUAGCCGGUCACGAGGACAGCGUGUGGGGUCUAACAUUCUCAGCAGUUCACCAUCGUCUUGCCUCAUGCUCAGCCGAUGGCACCAUUCGCCUCUGGGACCCUCAGAACUCAGCUCCCUGUCUGUCUGUCUUCAAUAAAGAAAGAGAGCACGGCACACCCACAUCAGUAGCAUUUGUGGCCACUGACCCCAACCAGGUGGUGGUGUCAUUCGACGCUGGAGAGACACUGCUCUAUGACCUCAACGCGGAGCAAAGCAUCAUUGCGCUAGAGACACAGACCAAGGAUGGCAGUGAGCUGAUCAACCGUGUUGUCAGUCACCCAUCUGAGCCCGUCUCCAUCACUGCCCAUGAGAACCGCACCAUCCGUUUCAUGGACAACAAGACAGGUAAAGUUGUCCACUCAAUGGUCGCUCACCUGGAUGCCGUCACCUGUCUCACUACGGACCCUAACGGCACUUACCUCAUCUCCGGCAGCCAUGACUGCUCGGUGCGCCUGUGGAUGCUGGACAACAGGACGUGCGUGCAGGAGAUCACGGCUCACAGGAAGAAGCACGACGAGGCCAUCCAUGACGUAGCCUUCCACUCUUCACAGCCCUUUAUCGCCAGCGCCGGCGCAGAUGCACUUGCCAAGAUCUUUGUCUGAAAGCAUUCUGCUGUCAUUCUGAGUCCUACAUAAACAACUGGGCGAAAAGAGACUGAAGACGACAGAACACAUUUCAACUGCUUACACACACACACACACACACACACACACACACACACACACACACACACACACACACACACACACACACACACA